ACAGCGUUUAAUAUUAUCUUGUUAAGAGUGAAAUUCAAUACCAAACUAAUCUUGCAGUUCUAAACUUUUAUUUUGUUCUUCUGGUGCCAUUUUAUUGGUUCCUAAUCAAUUAAUUUACAAUGUUAAAUUUAUACAAAUGCUCGAGUAUUUUUAUCCUUCUAAUUGUUUGUUUGUCAAUUAAUGUUGGUCAAUCAGCUGAAUCUGGAAAUUGGCUAACGAAAUCAUUGGAUUAUUAUUCAUUGGAAAAGUGUAGCUCUCUGGAUAAAUCAACAAUCACUGGUGACUUUUAUGGAUGUCUUAAUAGUCCAUCAACUGGUUCAAAAAGUCCAUCGAGUGAUCAAAAUGAUUUAGGCUCUGGUGGUUGGGGUGGAUAUGGUUCCAAUGGUGUAUCAGGAAGGGUAAAAAGAGGAGCGGGUAAUUUUGGGUCGUCCAGUUUCUUCUCUGGACAAUCAGGUUUUGGAACAUCAAAAAAAUCCCAAUCAAAAUCUUCUUCUGAUUCAGGACAACUUUCGUUAGCCAAUGAUUUACAACACAUUAUUAAUUGUUUUCCGAAAUUGAUAAAACCUUGCAUGAUUGCAUCCGAGAUACAAUUUUUCAAUACAAUUAAGGACUUUUUCCAAGCUCAGUUAAGUUAUGUUAAUAACGCAUCACUCAUUGCAACAAAAAUCGAUUCAUCUAAAUGUGUUAAAAGUAAUUCAAUCGAUACAUCUACGAUUUGCUAUUCAACUAAUAUCCACAAACAGAAUUGGUUUGGCUGGAAGAUUAAUUGGUUUGAUGGUCAAAUGUGUCAUUUUAUCGACGACAUAUCUAAAUGUGAGAUAUCUUCAUUUGACAAAUGUCCAUCAGAUGUAAAACUAUUUGUUAAUGGACUUUGGGAUGCUGGUUUAAAGGUAACUCCUUGUUUUAAUCAAACUAACGAAAAGAAAACAACACAAUCGUCAACAACCUUGUCAUCACCUCCACCAGCUACUAAUGGUCCUGUUGAUCAAACUAAAUCACUUGCUCCCGGUUCAUCAGCCAAGCAAAUGUCACCUAAUCGAUUACCUGUUCAUCUUACUAAUGUUACUAAUAUCAAUUCCAAUGACCAGCAAAGUUUAAACGAUAUGAACAACUUGACAGUCGAUAAAGACUCGGAAAAAUCUAUCAUCUUGAAAACUCGGGAAAAUAACAGUCGACCCAGGUCCCUGGUCCCUGAGCGUUCUCGUCAUUCAAUUCCUGAAAAAAUGAAUGAAAAUGAUGCUUUAGAUGGAUUCUUUAAAGAUCAGCAACCAGAUUCGACAAGAAACAAUGAAAAUAAUGAUGAUUUUGAUGACAGAUUUACAACCGGUACUAAAACCAACGACUUUCGAGGAAAAAUGAAACAUUCAAAGCGGGUAAGACUUCAUGAAGUCGACGGAGAAGGUGAAUCGCGUCACAAUCAUAAUGACAACCAUAUAGAUAUCGAAGAAGAACAAUGGUCAAGAAUCAAAGAAGAAUUUCGACGAAAAAUGAGGGAAUCAAUUGAAAGCCAAGAAUCAGAGGAAGAUGAAUACGAAGAAGAAAGUGAAGAAAGUGAUGAAGAUAAAGACUUUGAAUUCCUAGAGAGUCGAAUUAAUCCUUCGGUAAUAAGACAGAAUAACGAGGAAAAUGACUAUAGAGACAAUAGAAAUAAUCGAAAGAAUAUUAGAGAUUUCGACUCUAUCUACAAGAAUGAACAAAGAAAAAGGUCAGAACUUGAAAAAGAGCAUCAGCGGAAGCUUGAAGAAGCCGAAUCGAGAAGAAGAAAAGAGAGACAAGAAGAAAUGAGACGCAGAGAGUUUGAAAUGGAAACUAUGAAACAAAGGAAUGAGAUCGAGGCACGAAAAAGAGAGGCUGAACAAAGAAGAGCAGAUGAAGAGCAAAGAAUGAGGGAAGAGAUCGCAAGAAAUCUAGAGAGAGAAAGACAGGAAGAAGAAAGAAGAUGGAAAGACCAGAAGAAGAUUUUGAGACCAGAGUCGUGGAUAUUUCCAGAUAACGAUUGGGCAAACAAUGAACGUAACCACCAAAUGAAUGAAAAUGAACAGAGUCACCAUCCAGAUGAAUCAAGCCUGGAAGAUUGUUUCGAAUCACCAGCCAGUACAUGGUUAUCAUUGAAUGAUAAAUCAGCUAAUGUAAUGGAUUUAAUGUGUCGUAAAAUGGAAUCAAUUAAAACCUGCCUGGACAAACACUCAGCUAUUAAUCGAUUAGAUCAUUUUAGAGUGAUGCAGAAAUCGUUUUGCGAUGAAAACAAUAAAUUUAAAGACACCAAGAGCAUCGCAAAUGUGAUGAAAUGUUUAGCUGAUAAUUCAUCCUCUGGACAAGUUUUGCAAACCAGAUACCCGAAUCGAUCUCCAUCCAAAUUCUGGAACUAUUAAUAAUUUUGACGCCCAACUAUUUGGUUGGAACAAAAUAUUUAUUAACAAAAUUACAAAUUUUAUCUAAUCAAGAUGAUUGUUUAAUACUUUUUGACUAUUGAUAAUAACGAAAAUUAUUGUAUUUUAAUAAUAAUUGGCUUCAAAAGGAUUUGAAUAAUCUCGAUUAUCAUGCAAAAAAGAUUCAUGCCUAUUAAAUAUUUAUUAUUACAUA